AUGAGCAAAGCCAUCGAACUAAACACUUUGAAUAAAACAGAUGAAAUUAGAUGUUGGUAUGUUCAAAACAACAUAACAUUCCAAUGGUAUCACUAUUUCUUUCUAACUAAUUCAUCAUCCUUUUUCAUUCCAAUGUUUGAAAAAGAAUGGAGACAACUCUUGGAUUUGGUCGAAUAUUUGAGUAGUGUCAAUGUUUGUGCUGAUCUAUUCCCAUUGUAUCAAGCUCAUCCGAAGCAAUUGAAUAACAACAAUAAUAAUCAUCUUCAUAGCCAUACAACAUCGACAUCACAAUCGAAUCUAAACAACCUUUUAAAAAAAGAUAUUAAACCCAAAUUGCUUAGUGGAUCUUGUCAACCAAGGAUACAAUGUCAUCCAAUAUCUCUGGAACAUCUCAUAUUUCUCUGUAUCACCUAUAGUAUAAAUAGGAAAGCUGCAGCAACAUCAACUACAACAUCUACUACAACAAACGUUUAUCGUCAACAAACUAGAAAUAAUGAUAGCAAUCAUGAUAAUAGAGCAUUAAAGAAAGAAAUGGUAUAA